AUGGACAAUCAAAUUAAAGUUGUCAUUCGCUUUAAGUCUAUUUUAGCUACAGAAGAAGAGUCUGUAAAUUUUCCUUAAUCUCAAGUCUCCUAAUUGGAUUAUUGAAGAAGAAGCAAUUACAUAUAAAAAUACAAAAUAAGAUGAAAUUUUUGAAUUUGAUGUAAUCAUGCCUCCUAUGACAUUAUAAGAAGAGAUUUUCUAAACUAUUAUGCUACCUAAAAUUAGUUUUUUGUAAUAUUCUAUAUUUAAUAUCCCAAGCUUACAAGGUUAUAAUAGUGCAGUGUUUGCUUAUGGUGCAACAUCAUCUGGCAAAACAUAUACAAUCUUAGGACCAGAGAGUACAAUAGAACAGAUUCUCAAUAAUAAGUUUAAUAUUGAUUAAAGUUCUGGUAUACUUCCUAGAUCGUUUUAUCAAAUUGUUGAUGUACAAUCAAUUAAAAAUUUAGGGAUAUCAAAAAAUUAAACAAUAAGAAUCAUUGUAAUAAGUGACACUUAAGGCAAACUAUGUUGAGAUCUAUAAUGAACAAAUUUAUGAUCUGUUAAACUAAUAAUAUAAAACUAACAAUCAAAAAUUAGAUCUCAAAGUAUUUCAUUUUAUAUUUCUUAGAUUAGUACAAUAGCUGAUGGUCCAAAGUUGAUGGGAGUGAGAGAAGUUCAAGUUGAAUCUGUAAAUGAUCUCAUGGAAUUAGUAGCAUUUGGUAGUUACAAUAGAGCAAUUGGAGCAACUCAAUUUAAUUCAAGAUCUAGUAGAUCACAUGUUAUUUUCUCAAUUGAGUAAUAUAAUAAAUAUAUUAAUAGAUUGCUUGUUGAAUGGAAGGAUAAAUCAUAGAGAACAUCUAAAAUAUAAUUUAUUGAUUUGGCUGGAAGUGAAAGACUCGCCAAAACAGUUGCUAAAGGUUAAAUGCUUGAAGAAACUAAAAAAAUUAAUUAAUCAUUACAUUGUUUGGGACAUUGUAUAAUGGCUUUAUCUAGUAGAAAAAAUAAUAAGCAUGUUCCUUAUAGGGAUUCUAAAUUAACAUUACUUCUUAAAGAAUGUUUGGGUGGUAAUUCUAAUACUUCUUUCAUUUGUGCAGUUAGUGCAGCAUAAGAACAUGAAGAAAAAACAAUUUAAACAUUAAAAUUUGCAUAGAGAGCCAAAUUAAUUCUUAAUAAAGUCAAAAUCAAUAUUAAACUUAGUUAUGAAUAGAUUGAAAAAUAAAUGACUAUGCUUAAAUAGGAAUUAUCAAUGAUGGAAAAGAUUCUAUUAAUGAAUGUAUUUUAUUUAACUCAUAUAUAUUUUUAGGGAAUCAAAUAUGAUAAAUAAAUAUUUAAAGAAUAAAACUUUUAACUUUAAAUUGAUUAAACUAUGAAUAUUGAUGAAUUAACUGGAGAAUAUAGAAAAUCAAUAAGGAGAUCACUUUAAUAAUCAAGCAGUAAAUCAGAUAUUAAAGAAUAAUUUAGUUAUAGAUUCUAAUAAUAUCUUGAUUCAGAAAAUUUAAAACCUAAAUAAAAUUCUAGUCCCAAUUCUAAAAGAAUCAGUUAAAGAUAAUCAGGAGGUAAUUUAAGAAAAUAAUCAUUACCUUGUUCUUUAGAUGGUUCAGAAGCUGAACCUGAUGAAAAUGGGGAUAAUUAUUUAAAUGAAGCAUAAUUAAUAUCUGCUCUGAAAUCUAUUAGUGAAACACCAAGAGAAUUAUAGUAAUUUAUAAGUGGAAGAGGAUCUUAAAUAAAAUUUCAAACAUAAGAAUCCCAAUAUUAAUCAACUACAACUAAUCAAACGACAAACACUGAUUAAAUAUAACAAUAGCAAAAAAAAAGAGAUAGUUGUUGCUAAAUCUUUUGA